UUACAUCAUUUUUUAUUCUGGCAGAGGCGCACAGUAGCUGCCAUGAACAGGAAACACGGGGUUGUUUGAAUCGGAAGCGCAUUUUAGCAGGAGCAGCAGGUCCACCAUUAAUGAUGAGGGAAACCACCAAAAUGAUUAGCUGAUCCAUCAAAUUCCCAUCACUCUCAUACGACAAAACCUACGUUGGCACCCGACCGGUUCUGUUUCAAACUUUCAAUGUUCCACUCCCCACAACAAAAAAUAGUAGCUACCCACGAUCUAAUUAUAUUUUGGGGUCGCAAUAUUGCACCUUGAAUUUACCAAAGCCGCAACGUUUUCUGAGUUUGAAUCGGAAAGAGAAAGUGGGCAAUGGUGGGAUGAGGAUAAAAGGGAAGAGAAGAAGAAGGGAGGGAAAUGGCGAGAGGGGAGUGGAGGGUUCAGCUUCACCAUAAAUGGAACUCGAUUUGUUCCUACAAGAAAAUCACUCUUCUAGUUUGCUUUUUCAACAUUGUGGUUGCUCUCUAUUCUCUUCGCUCUCUCUAUGCUUCUCUUUAUAUCUAUUCUGGCAGCGUUGCACGAAAAAUUGUGGUGUAUAGGCCAGAUCAGAUUCGGAAGAUGGAAGAGUCUGAUCAAAUUCGGAAGACAUACAAACCCGUGGAGUUAAUGAAAUUGGUGAAGGAAUUCGAAGGGGAGUUUUCAAGGGAAAAUGUGGUGGUUGAGUUGCCUCGGCAGUUGAAAAAGGAAAUAAUUGACGAGGUCUUGCAGAGACUAGGAAGCAUGAAUGGAAGCAGCAAAAGCAUGUCUCACUCUCAGCGCAUGGCUAAGGAGCGAGAAGCAAUUGAAAAUUGGCGCAAGGAAAAAUUGGAGGAGCUUAAGUUGGCUGAUGCCAGAGGGACUUCCAACUCAACCAUUCCCCAUGAAGAGGCAGGAAUGCUAGUAAGAGCUUUGCAGUCUGAUUGGGCUGUGCUUUCUGAAGAAAUUGGCCUUUGGAUACCUACUGUGGUUGCUAAUGAAGAACAUAAUGAUAAACCUGAGGGUGCAGAGGAGUUAGGGGAGGAAGUUCUCCCCGGCAGGCCCCUUCCACCUGAAUGCAAUGCUGAACUUCAUACGGAUUAUGACGGCACUGCAGUACAAUGGGGUCUUAAUCAUCACAAGGACAGUGCAGCUGAUUGCUGUCAGGCUUGCUUAAACCAGGCUAAACGUGCCAAAGAAGGUGAAAAGAAAUGCAAUAUUUGGGUUUAUUGCCCAUCAGAAUUUGGGUGUCAUUCGCCAGAUGUCUAUCAGCACAAAUAUCAGGAAUGCUGGCUGAAAUAUGCUGAGAAGCCGAAACUAAAUUUUAAGGAUCGGUAUCCUGAAUGGUAUCGAAAUUUACGCCCAUCUGCACCAGGGAUUGUUCAAUGGGCCUCUGGAGUUGUUAGCGCAUGAUAUAAACAACGACACCAAAAGGUAACAACUUGAUCAACCGAAGUCCAGACUCCAGAUCGUAGAUUGCAGGCAGCAAAGCUAGCUUUGGCAAAGCCCUUGUCAUGCUUUGUGGAUUAUACCGUUGUUCUUCAUCAUGUUUUUGCCUUUAUUAUAAAUGGUGGAAAUGGGGGGAGCAAAGAAUUUCCCCCAAUGGUCAUUUCCUCAUUUUAAGACUUGGUUCUGGUUAAAACCAUCUCGGUGCCAAGGAUUUUUCCCUCAAGACAGGGUCUAAGACUUUGAGGUGAGGUUAGAUUUGUAUUUCUUUUAAAAUUCUUAGAAGUUGUAAUGGAACAUAUGGCCACAGACGGCUGUGUUGGUUACACAUUUGGAAGGUGAAUUGUAGAUUCUUGGCCAAAUAUUUGGUUCCUUUGAAAGUGCACUGGGAAGUGUUAUUUUUCUGUUACUGUUAGUCUUCACCAAAAUGUGAAACUAACAUGUACUAACUGAUGAGGAAAUUGUUUUGUUGUAAGCUAGCUGAAAUCAUAAUACAUUGUAUCUGAGGGAUUUAUAAUGUUAUUGUUGAUGAUGAUCAUCAGAAUCUUCUCUGUCCA